AUGGAUAUUAUGCAAGUUGAUCAAUCAUCUGUAUCUUCAACAUUACGUGAAAAUGUUUUCUGUCAAUCAGAGUACCAGAGUACGGAUGAAUUUUUAAAAUUUAAAAAAUUAGAGAAAGAUUUGGAGCAUAUUGAUGUUAUGGAAGAAUAUAUAAAACUUGAAAUGAGAAAUUUAGAAAAGGAACUUCUUCAUGCACAGGAAGAAGUUAAAAGAAUACAGUCUGUACCACUUGUAAUUGGACAGUUUCUUGAAGCUAUUGAUAAUGAGCAUGCUAUUGUUGGCUCCACAACUGGUUCUAAUUACUAUGUUCGUGUAUUAUCUAUCUUAGAUCGUGAGCUUAUGAAACCUGGUUGUAGUGUAGCAUUACAUAAAUAUAGUAAUGCACUUGUUGAUGUUUUACCUCCUGAAGCCGAUAGUAGUAUUCAAAUGUUAAGAGCAGAUGAAAAACCUGAUAUAUCAUACUCUGAUAUUGGCGGUUUAGAUAUGCAAAAACAAGAAGUGAGAGAAGCCGUCGAAUUACCAUUAACUCAUGGAGAUUUAUACAAACAAAUUGGUAUAGAUCCACCAAGAGGUGUUUUGAUGUAUGGACCACCCGGUUGUGGUAAGACUAUGUUAGCUCGUGCUGUUGCAGCUCAUACAACGGCAUCUUUCAUCCGUGUUGUUGGAUCAGAAUUUGUGCAAAAAUAUUUGGGUGAAGGACCACGUAUGGUACGUGAUGUAUUUAGGAUGGCAAAAGAAAAUGCUCCUGCAAUAAUUUUUAUUGAUGAAAUUGAUGCUAUAGCUACCAAACGUUUUGAUGCUCAGACAGGUGCUGAUCGUGAAGUUCAACGUAUAUUAUUAGAAUUACUUAAUCAAAUGGAUGGUUUUGAUCAGUCAACAAAUGUUAAGGUCAUUAUGGCUACUAAUCGUCAUGAUACCUUAGAUCCAGCUCUUCUUCGUCCUGGACGUUUAGAUCGUAAGAUUGAAUUCCCAUUACCAGAUCGUAGACAAAAAAGAUUGGUAUUCUCAACAAUUACAGGAAAAAUGAACAUUUCUGAAGAAGUUGAUCUUGAAGAUUUUGUUGCUCGUCCUGACAAAAUUUCUGCUGCAGAUAUAAAUGCAAUUUGCCAAGAAGCUGGUAUGCAAGCAGUACGUGAAAAUAGAUAUGUUGUACUUUCAAAAGAUUUUGAUAGUGCAUAUAAAGUAGUUAUCAAAAAAGAUGGAGAUCAAUUUGAUUUUUAUAACUAA